AUGUUUUUGUAGGAUUUUUUCUCUUCUUUCAGAUAAGACGAAGAUGAAUGGGACUAGGAAAAUCAAAUUUUCAAAAAAUUAUGCUAUAAAUCUGAGAGUUUAGAUAGGUAAAAUAACCUAGAAGUUUGUGGAGACUUGAUGAUUGUUCUUAUAGAAAAUAAAUUAUAUAGUUUUGAAGAAAUUUAGAAUGAAUUAAUUGACAAUUUAGAAGAAAAGAAGAAAGUGAAUAAUCUAGAACUAGAUGAUGUAAUUUAAUAACUUAGAAUAUUUUUUUAACUUUUGGAAAUUAAGCAGAGAAAAAAUAAAAUUCCUAUUUAUUUUAUUCAACAAUUAGUAGAUUCUGAAAAAAAUCUCAAUCAAGCAAUAAAUAACCUGCCAUAUUGGUAAAAGACAAUAAUAUAAAUUAUAACUUAAAUUUUACUCAAGUAAUAAGAUAUUUUGAAGGCAACCAAUAAAGAAGAACUCAAAACUUUGAUCUUCCCUACUCAUGAAGAAUAUCAAAAGUAUAUUUUAAAACUACUUUUAGAUCUAGAAUAUUAGUUGGCCCGACCAUAUUCGGAUUAUAAAAUGGAAAUUUUAUUUAUAUAAUUGAUGGAGUUUAAAAAUAAGUAAUUUUAAUACUAUGUCAGGGAGGAGAAAUGAGGAUGGGUAAAAAGAGAGGAGUUUGGAAAGAAUAUGGAAUAUUAGAUGAAGAUUUUCAAAAUGAAACUUCUUUGAAAAUCCAAUUUAAUUAAGGAAUGAUCACAUAUAUAAAGGAUGGAGAAAUAUUAUCAUAGUAUAAUUAGAUAUUCAUCAAGAUGUAAUUCAAUUGAUCAUGUUUUGUUGAAAAAUAUUUAAUAAAUCAAAUUUCAAAGAUGGAAUGGAAAUUAUAACAAUGGAAAGAAAUCUGGAAAGUUUUAAAUUAUUUGGAAAGGUGAAAAUUUGAAUAUUGGUGGGGAAUAUAAUCAAAAAGGUGAGAAGUUUGGGUCAUGGACUGAGUUAUUCGAAAAUUAUGGAGAGUAUAAAUGUCAUUGUUGAUUAUAGUAAAUCCCAAGUUUAUUAUAUUGGGGAAUAUUUGGAUGGAAAAAAAUAUGGCUCAUGGUCUCGAUAAUAUGAUGAUGGCUUGAAUACAAUUACUUUGUAUAUAUAAUAUUCAGCAAUAGACCUUUGGGAAUGUAUAGCGAGGAAAGAUUGAAAGAUGGGGUGUGGUUGGAAUUGCAUGAAAAAUUUUGGGAGUAAAAUUUAUAUUUGAAUUAAGUAAUCAUUAAGUCUUUUAUACUGGAUAGUAUAAUAAAGGAGUGAAGAAUGGUUUUUGGGCUAUGAAAUAAAAUUUAAAUAAUAGUAAAAUAAUGUAAUUUGAAUGCUGAUUAUCCAUUAGAGGAGGAGGAUUUUACAAUCAAAAAGGAAUGAAAAGUGGAGAAUGGAAUGAAAAAUAUUUUUGGGAGUAAUUGAUUAUGAUGAAUUUUAAGCAAUUUAGUAAUCGAAGUUGGAGAUUAUGAAAAUGGUAGAAAAAUUGGAAAUUGGUUUUCAAAAAUAGAAAAGUUACGUACCAAUAUUUUUGCACUAGAGUCUUAAUCAUCACAACUACAUUUUCAUGGUGAUUAUAAAGAUGGAGUAAAAGUUGGAUUGUGGGAUAUCUUCUUUUAGGAUGAUGAGAAUUAUAAGUUAAUGUAAAUUUUAAUAUUUAUUGUCACAGAGGAGGAGGUAUUUAUGAUGAUAAAGGUAUGAAAAAUGGAAAAUGGAUUGAAUUCGAUAAGAAUUACAAAUAGUAAUUUAUAUUAUAAACUUUCAUCAGUAACUAAGUAGUCUGGGUUGGUUAAUAUAAGAAUGGAAAGAAAUUUGGUUCUUGGGAAGACAAAACCAAACAUUAUAUAUCAUAAAUUUAUAUACAUUCAGAUUUGGAGGCAUGUACGAUUCUAAUGGAGUCAAAUAAGGAAAAUGGAGUUUACGAAAUUAGUUAGUUACUGAUCCUUUUUGCUAUGAUGAUUAUGAUUAGAAUGGAUCUUAUAUUAAUGGAAUAAAAGUUGGAAAAUAUUCUGAUCAUUUUUUUAACAUUAAGUUGUAAAAUUGAUAUAAAGUUUUAGCUUUUAAGGCCAAUAUAAUGAUAAAGGAAUGAGGAAUGGUAAAUGGAAGGAAAUUAAAAAUAAAGAUAAUCAAAAGUGUAAAAUUAUUUAUGAAGGGGAAUAUGAUAACGGUUUCUAAAUUGGAAAAUGGGAGAUAUAUGAUGAUAACUAUGAUAGACUUCUGUAAAUAUCCUAAAUUAUUAUUGCAUAAAGAGGUGGUGGAACAUAUAUUUAAGAAGGAAUUAAGGAUGGCAUGUGGAUUGAAUUGCAUGAAAAUUUUUUUUAGUAAAAGAGUGUUUAGUAUAUUAGUCGUGUUGAAGUUAGAUACGAUGGAUAAUAUUAAAGUGGUAUAAAAAUUGGAGAUUGGAUAAUAAAGAAAAAAAAUAUGAAAAAAACUAAUUAUAAAUAAAUGUACUUAUUUCGGUGUAUUUUAUUAGUGGAGGUGGUUAAUACAAUGAUUAAGGGAUGAAAAUAGGGUAUUGGGAAUAUCUGUCAAAAUUUUAGUAUUUUAAGUUGUAAUUAAAAAGUUUUUGGAAAAAUUUAAUUGUCGGUAACUACAUUCAAGGCAAAAAAAUUGGUAUAUUCAAAGAAGAAAAGGCAAGAAAAUUACUCUGA